AUUCAAUGUUUAUACUGAAGCGGCUGAAGUAUCAUGACGUCUUGAAAUUUUCUUUUAGUUCCAGAUAAAUAAUGUAUUAUUUAAUAGGUUUUAUAGCAUUAGUGAUCAAAGAUGUGUUGUGCUUCAAUUUGGAAACUCGGAUUCCUGUGAUCAAGAAUGGACGGAAAGAAUCAUAUUUUGGAUAUUCAGUGGCAGCACAUCAGUCAGUCAAUGAAGCCAUUAAUAAAAUUCAGGAUAGCUGGCUGUUAGUGGGUGCCCCUUUGGGUCAGAAUCUUCAGCCGCGGACAAAUCAAUCUGGUGCUUUAUGGAAGUGCCCAAUUACGACAGAACUCAAUGACUGUGUCCAAGUCGUCACCGAUGGGAAACGAAGCCAGAAAGACGGUCACUUAGACAAAUCUAUUGAUGCAACAAAUUUAGAACCACCUUUAGACGAUGAAAUUAAGGACGGUCAGUGGCUCGGAGUGUCUCUUCAGAGUCAGGGUAUCGGUGGGAAAGUCAUGGUUUGUGCUCAUCGUUAUAUGAAAAAAGGAGAGGGUUACCGACAAGGUCAGGGUCUUUGCUAUACACUGAGCCAACAUCUUGAAUUUGAUGACAGUUGGGAGCCGUGUAAGGGUCGGCCAACUGAUGGGCUGGAGUAUGAGUACUGUCAAGCAGGAACCAGUGCUGUUCUCCUAGAAGAUGACACAGCAGUGAUUGGCACACCAGGAAGCAGAACAUGGCGAGGAACAGUAUUCGUGGUCAAUGUUUCGGAUGAUUACUUGCUUCGAGAUAAAACAUUUUACUAUGGACCAAUCUCAGAUGAUACAAGUCCAGUUGAAUUGUACAGCUAUCUCGGAAUGUCAGCAACUGCAGCUCCAUUUUUUGGUCCUAGUGCAAACCCAAUGGGAUAUGCGGCUGGAGCUCCUCGUGCCAAUGGCACUGGUCAGGUUGUCUUGUUCACGCGUGCUGGCCUCCUCAUCAACCCAAUGAAUGUCAGGUUAAUUUUGAAUGGAGAUCAAUUUGCAUCAAGCUUUGGAUACGAAAUCGCUGCCGCAGAUGUGAAUGGAGACGACGAACCUGAUCUCAUUGUAGGUGCUCCAUUUUAUUUCGGAAGAGACUCUGGUGGAGCUGUUUAUGUCUACUUAAACAAUCCAGAUCGAAACCCUAGAACCCGUUUUGAUAGCCAGCCAUCAAUUAAAAUGACAGGCAAGCCAGAAUCAAGGUUCGGCCUUGCACUUUCCUCAUUGGGAGAUCUCAAUAAAGAUGGUUUUACUGACAUUGCAGUCGGAGCUCCUUACGAAAAUGAUGGUGUCAUUUACAUUUAUCUUGGUUCCAAGAAUGGUCUGAUAACGGAACCUUCUCAAGUUAUUAGAUCUGAAGCACUGCCAGUUCGACACAUUACAACACUUGGCUACUCUCUCAGUGGUGGGUUGGAUUUAGAUCAAAAUGGGUAUCCAGAUUUACUAGUUGGUGCAUAUAACUCUGAUUCUGUGCUUUUAUUCCGGGCUCGCCCCAUCGUAGGCUUACUGACCACUGUUGAGCCGGAAGAAAACCUGCGAAAUCUAGAUCCUAAUGUGGCUGGAUGCAAGGCUAAUCCUGAUUCUCCACUUACAUGCUUCACCUUCAAAGCUUGUUGCACCAUCGACUCACUUUUGAAAACAGAAUCUCAUCCAAGUCCGAACCUGGGUUUAACAUUGAAGUAUCGCUUGGAAGCAGAGACCUUCCACCUUCAGAGGAAGUUCUCGCGAGUAACAUUUGAUCCAAACAACACUGAGAGGCCACAUGUUUUGGAAAAAGAGGCGGAAAUUUUUCCUCAGGGGAAUGGAGAGUAUAGAUUCUGCGAUGAACACACCGCCUAUAUUAAGGAAAACACCAAAGACAUCCAAUCGCCUAUCAAAUUUAAACUAACCUACUCUCUAGUACAACGUGAUCCACCUUUGAUAACACCCGGAUCUCCUCUUCCAUCUCUCAGCGAGUACCCGAUUUUAAAUCAACAAGAAGCAGCAAAAGUUUUCGAGGCCACGUUUCACAAAGAUUGCGGUAAUAAUGAUGUAUGCGAAAGUGAACUUUUUGUUGAAGCCUCUCUUCGUCUUCCUUAUUUAGCCGAUUCAGAUGAUUCAAUUUAUGAGCUGAUGUUGGGAACCAUGCAAGAACUUGUCGUCAAUAUCUCUGUCACUAAUCUACACGAGUCUGCCUACGAAGCCCAAUUAUUUGUUUCUCACUCACCCAGUCUUAGUUACAUUGGCAGAAUUAAACAAGAUGGCACCUACUCUGAAAGUGAUGAAUUUAAUGAGACUCAGAUAUUUAGAUAUUUAGGUAAACAGUUAACCUGCAAUCCUAUCAACAGCACAAUGGUGGCCUGCAAUCUUGGCAACCCCUUAAAUAAAGGCCCUGGCGUUAAUGUACAGCUACGGUUUGAUCCCAAAGGUUUGUCGGAUUCUGAAACAGCCCUGGAUUUUGUUGUGUUCGCAAACUCUACGUCUCAACAGAAAAACCCUCAAGGUCCCAUGAAUUUAAGGGCACAAGUCACCAAACGAGCAGAACUUUCUUUAAAAGGGUUGGCACGCCCUGAGCAAGUUUUUUACGGAGGACAAACUCGCGAAGAUUCAAGUAUUAAGUACUUGGAUGACAUAGGAUCGCGAGUUAUCCACACGUAUCAAGUAUUUAAUGCUGGACCAUGGAGGGUGCCAAACUUGGAGAUCCAUAUUGAAUGGCCACACAAACUUACUUACUCCCAGAAUGGGAGAUGUUUGUUGUAUAUCCAGGAAAAACCACACAUUGAAGCUCUUAGUGGUGGAGAGUGCUUCAUGGCACCAGGGCAAGUCAAUCCACGAGGACUCACUCACCGCCCAGGUUUGACAGAAUCCCCCCUUGAUUCUGUCUCUCGACUUUCAACCUACUCACGCAUUCCCUCCUCGAUAGUAUACACCACUCCAGUGCCUAUGUACAAUGCAUCAAAAGUUGCUAUGUAUGAUAGAUCCAUGAACAGAAUAAGGAGAUCCUAUGAUGAAAUUUCUCCUCCUGAAAUGUACGUUGACAAGGAUGGCAAAGCUCAUAGUUUUGUGAAUUUGAAUUGUGCUCUUGGUAACGCAGAAUGCAUAAAAUUCAAAUGCGUUGUCUACAGUCUUCAGCAGAAUCAAGAAGCAACAGUCUUCAUCAAAGCCAGGUUAUGGAAUUCCAGUUUAAUUGAAGAUUACUCCAGCGUUGAUUUUGUUCGAAUAGCCUCCAGAGCACGGAUACACAUACCCGCGUCUUCAAUAAUCCAUCAGAAUACCAGUGAUGAUGUCGCUCAGGUGGAAACUCUGGCCAAAGUUGAUCUACUUGAGCAGCAAGUUGCUGAACCGGUGCCACUGUGGAUAAUAGUCAUAGCAAUUCUAGCUGGUCUGAUUCUCCUUAUUCUACUGACGUAUUGCCUCGCUAAAAUCGGAUUCUUCAAGAGGAGAAGACCAGACCCAACGCUGAGCGGUAACAUAGAAAAACACCGCGGGGAGGAGAGUAUUCUCUCAGAUUAUUAAACGAUCUCUGUUUUUGCUCCUAUCAAGAUAUUUGGCUCGGUUUUAGACCGUCAUCCUUUUCAAAACUCCUUUUCUCCUUCUUCGACUGAUGCCUCCUAAGACUUAAUUUUUGUUGAGGAUGUCCGUGUUUGUUGCUGUUUACAUCCUGUGAACAGCAGUACUCCUGGAACUAUUUUCUUACUUGGAAUUUUUUGGUGCUAUUUUCAAUAAUUAACUCCAUUAUGAGUAAGGAAAGUUCUUUAAUGUUAUUUGUUAAGUGCCCGGAUUUUCAACAGCUAAGUUUCAGAUGAGUUUUAUUCAUGUGGACUAAGUAUUUUCAACAGUAUUAGAGGCUUUUGUAAUUAUUACAAAAGAUUUUGCAAUGCGGAAGUCUCUAUCUCCCAUUUUCUGUACUUUAUUCUUACAAACUUUGGCUAAUUAUUCUACCAUGACCUGAAAGAAGGAUGGGAAAUUAAGUUUUUCAUUGUGGAAGCCUCUCUUCUUCCUUUUGGUAAAAUAAUUAGAUGAUUUAGCUCCUCUACAAGAGAAACAAUAUUUCUUAAUCUCAAAAAUUUGAAAUGUAUGAGUAUUACAAUACAUUGAGCAUUAAAUGGCAGUCAAGUCAUCAAGUGUCCAAUCUGAGGCGUUAUAAUAACUCCUAUUAUUCGAUACCCUAUUAAUCCUAGGGUACAGCGAUAGUUUUUGCCUUCUUGUAGUGCAGAACCUCAAUGGUUCAAUCUUAUUUCCGCCAAAUUAAGUGAGGAUUUAAGUGCAAAUUCUAUAUGUUUGAUUUUUAAUACCUCUCAGUGAAUAAACUGUCGUCAUUCGGGCAAAGAAUUCGUGCUAUAUAAUAUGAAGUAAGUUUAAAUUCAUGCAUACAAAUUGAUUAACGAGGUUUAGCCAAAUAAUGAUUGUGUACACAUUUUUUAGCGUACUAUGAAAAAGCUCAGCAAGUCAGACGAUAGAGGGCCUGGGGCGCGCUGUCGGUGCGUCUCCCACCAGGGUUCGGUAUUUCGAUUUACAAGGAAGCUCCAAGUGUUCGAGCCUCAAAUCAGGACUGGCUGGCUGUGCCAACCUGAAGUGCUGUAACAAGAGCAAAACCAGUGGUACGGCUGUCAGCAGGCUCGAUUUCUAUGUCCGCACCAAUUUCUUUCCAACUGAGAUUCUUGCCAGCACUCUAAAAAAUGUUUACAAAUCCAUUAGUUGGCUAAACCUUGUUGAAGAAUUUGUAUUCAUUGAAUUGUAGUCAAUGACUAAUUGUCGUUUUAAUUCAUGCCAUACCAUACUGAGAAUGAGGUAGCACAGUUUGAAUAUUGUUUCAAACAAACUAUAGAAAACUUUAUCAAACUCUUUGAUCAGUUUCAGUAUUUUUGAUGAUAUCAUACAAAAUCACAUUUUGCAUUUGAACUUUUUAUUUUACUCAAAAUUCCAUACAGCUAACCUUCACCUGCUGAAUCAGGUGAUGUUGUCUCCCGUUGCUAGUCUUCUACUCAAAUCUAUCAAACUGAUUGAUGUGAGUGAUGUGAUGAUUGUGCCGGGAUGAAAAUAUUUGUUUUUAGUGCCUGUGCCAAAUGUAUAAUAAUGAACAUAUAAUUAUGUAUUAUUCGUACUUGCCAUUUAAGUGAUAAGACUUUCUCAGAGUGGAGGAAAUGGUAUAUUUAUGGUGGUGUGUGAAUGUGCUCUGUAAGUGACUUUGCGAACUGAGAAAAAGAUAAGAGAAAACAAGAGAGGUAGUUUCAAGUUUCAAUUUAAGUUUUAAACAUCAAGUUUCUAUUUUCCAUUUGUAAUAAGUUUCUGUGCCUUACAUAUUUUUUAAUCAACAUUCAAUCACCAGAAGGUAGGUUCACUGAAGUAUCCAAUCAAUUAGUAAAACUUUCCUUUUACUCAAGACGAAAGUCAUCGGUCAAACAAUAAAAAUACUGACGAUGUGGAUAGAAUUGAACUUACAACAAUGAGGUCGAGUUUUUGAAAAAUUAUCAUCUUUUGUUCUGCUCACAUAAGUUGGACAACAGUGAAAUAAUUCUUACUCCAAUUGCCUCUAUUUUCAGGGUGCAUUGUAGGUGUACUUGUUAAUGUGUGAGUGUGCAUGAGUGUAUUGUGAAAGGGUAUGUCCGUAUGUGUGUUGUUACUGUUUACUGUAAGACUUGAAACAUUCCAGAUUCUCUGAAUUAAAAGAUACAAUGGACGGCCUGAAUUUCAUUACUCAAGUUCAGAACCAAAAAGGAAAAUAUACUUAUGUAUGUAUUAAAUAGUUAGUUGUGCAGAGAAAAAAAAAUGUAAAUUUUGGUAGAUUUAUACUGCAAAAAGUAUCAUGAGCUGUGAUUGUAAAUGUUUUAACAAUUGUUAGGUAUUUGUUGUAGAUAUUAUUUUUAGUUUUGAAUGAUUUAGCUUAUGCUACUGAUUCAGCGACCGCGUCUCUUCCAGUAUUUUGUCGCAUGUAUUUGAUCCUCGACCCCUCACCUUUCCAACCUGUAUUUGCAUCCCUCAUAUGGGAGUGUUGAUGAUAUCAUGGUCUCUUAAGUGACAAUGCCUCAUGAGUUUAGUCAAGCUGUAAGUGUUUUUUAAAUUUCUUUUUUCUUUAUCGGAUUAUGGCUGAAAUUUCAAAAUAUCUCUAAAACGUACAACCACUAAAGCAAAGAAUUUGGGCAUCAUUUAAUUUUUUAAUUACUUGUGGUACAAACUCUCCAAUAAUUGGCAAGAUUUUUUUAGAGACUAUGCAAUCUUAUGAAAAUGUGUGUAGUAACAUGGUGCAAAAUCAGAACUACAUACUUUGAAUUACUCGUCCCAAGGACUUUUAAUGGUAAUUUGAACUUCUUUAUUAAAAUCUUUCUAUGAAUCAUUUUAUCAUUUAAGCUGUUUUCUUUUUAACAUCUUUAAUCAAAAAGAGGACAAAACUUGUAUUGCCUUAAGUAUUGCAUAAUUUAAGACAUAAUUUUACUAGCCUUAGGUUUUACUUCAUUAGCUCGUGAGUUCUCAUCUCAUCAAUAAUCUUUUGUGAUAACUUUCACAAAUCAUUAUUGAUGUAUCUAUUCUCAAUCAGUAAUUUCAUUUGUCAGUUAAAAUCUCUGCAAUAAUGAUUAGCAGUGACUUUUUGUACCUGAAUCUAGCGCUCUGUGAUUCAAUUUUAUUUUGUAGAUUACAUAAAUAUUCUGUUAAAGUGAAGAUUUGGGAAUGGAGUAAAAUAGUUCAAUACAGGGUGUAAAAAUCAUACGAAAUGUGAAGGGGUUUAGAAGGUUUCAAUCAUUGCUUAAAUGCACUUUAGAAUUUGAAUUUUUAGACCACCAGUCAGUGCUUGAAUGAUUAUCAAAGUGCCUGUGUAUUUAUAUUCGAAUUGAAAUUUAAUAUUUGUAUUUUAGUUUUAUAAAGCCUUAAAGUAUUUGCAUAUUUUUAAGUUUAUCUAUGUUCAAAUUUUUUUCUAAGAACAUAGUUUGCCUGUAUCUGUAUUUGAGCUAUUUGUCCAGAUAAAUAAAGUAUUGGAUGAUUUGUUUUUCCCUCUCUCGUGAGAGAUGUGGGAUCAAUUGCAGUUAAGCUGAUGUUCUUUCAGUUCAAUCUGUUUUUACUGUAUUUGAAUCUAAAGAAAAUGACUUAAAAAAAUUUGCAUAAGCCCAAAAUUUUUGCCUCAUGUGUCAGAAUCUAUGCUUGAUAAGGUCUGCACGUAUUCUCAAGCUUUUUGUUCCUUCUUUAAUUGUUUUGCAAGGUAGCCUGGAUGUAAUCAAUUUUUGCCUUUGUUUUGGAAUUUUUGUGUAAUUUUUUUUGUGCUAUCCCACCUUGCAACUGCAACAGUUUUGCAGCAGUAUUGUUGAAAGCUAGUGUAAGCAAAAAUGGUACCAAUCUGGUACCCUUUGGCAUUAUUGCCACAGUCGUGUGAAAGAUUUUGGAUAGUGCAAAUGCGUUAUUCUCCUACCUUGAAUUUAAAUGUAGAUGGUGCCACAAAGACUUUAUUCCGAUAUUUAUCUGCUCUUUUACUACUGCCCAGAAUUUUCUGUUGUACUAUCGUUCUGCAACAUUCCUACCUUAUUGUAGGGUCAUAUUAGAAGGAAAAAUUUCCUGUAAAUUGCAGCAUUCUUGAGAGGAAAA